AUGCCUUCCGACCACCUGGACGACGUGCGGCCCAUGUUUGAGCUUCGCGGCCGCAACUACAUCGUUACGGGCGGAGCUCAGGGCAUCGGUUUUGCAUGCACCCGCGCCAUUUGCGAGAUGGGCGGAAAUGUAGCGGUUUUUGAUAUCCAGGAUAAGCCCGUCGAUGAGUUUACCACGCUCUCCGCGAAGUUCGGCACAAAAACCAUUUACAUCAAGACGGACGUCACGUCACAAGAAAGCAUCCAAGCAGCAUUCGACAAGGUGAUUGCGGAGUUCGGGUCUAUCAAUGGCUGUGUCCCAGCGGCGGGUAUCGCCAUAGACAAGCCAUUCCUCGAUCAAACCUGGGCCGAGUUCAACCGCAUCCAGGAAAUCAACUUUGUACUUAUGAAUAGACAGGUUCGCGGAACAUUUUUCGUCGCUCAACUUGCGGCCAAGCAAAUGUUGAAGCAAGGUUCCGGGGGCAGCAUGGUCCUACUGGCCUCCCAAUCCGCGCACAUUGCUCUUCCCGGCUACCGCAUGGCGGCAUACAACGCAUCCAAGGGCGCCGUCUUCAUGCUGUCCAAGGCCCUGGCCGUCGAGCUCGCACCACAUAAUAUUCGCGUAAACACCAUCUCUCCCGGAUUCGUGGAUUCAGAAAUGACAAGAAAUGUCCGAGCAUCAAAGAGUAAGCGUGAGGGAGAGCAGAUGUGGCUCGCGCCACCCAACCAGAGACUUAGCACUCAAAACGACCUUACUGGUGCCGUCGUUUACCUUCUCAGUGAUGCUGCGCGCCACACGACUGCGGCGGAUAUACCCAUUACUGGUGGGCUUCAUGCGGGGACCAUGGAUGGACUGAUUAGUUACGACUCGUAA